GGUUGAAGCCGCGAAGGGUCUUUAAAAACCCGAGUGCACAUAUGCGUGGAGGUCUGCCGUGAGUCAGUAGAGUUCACUACUGAACCGUCGCGGAGAGACGUUUCCGCCCACAAGAAAGAUGGCGGCUCCCUUGCUGGAGAAUCUGUCGGAGUCCUUAGGUUCCCCGGAGCCAGCGGUUCGACUAAUAUUAUCUAUAAUAAUCGGGUAUCCCUGUGCUCUUGUGUACCGGCGGUUCUUGUUCUACCAGCCUGCCACAGUUAUACACUUGUUCCACGUGUUCUCCGGAGUGGCUCUAGCAGCAUUCAACUUUGGCUCUCAGAUCUAUCACUCCGCAGUAUGCAUCCUCAUCCAAUUCCUGAUGCUGAGGCUCAUGGGAAGGACGGUAACAACUGUCCUGAGCAGCUUUACCUUUCAAAUGGUAUACCUGCUGGCAGGGUAUUACUACACAGCGACGGAGGAGUAUGACAUCAAGUGGACUAUGCCUCAUUGUGUCCUCACACUCAAACUUGUUGGUUUGACAUUUGAUUACUAUGACGGCGGGAAGGAACCAUCCCAGUUGAGUUCUGAACAGAAGAAAGCAGCUCUGCCGUCUGUCCCCUCUUUGCUCGAAGUGUGCGGCUUUUCCUACUUCUAUGGAGGCUUCCUGGUGGGGCCCCAGUUUACAUUGCGCAGCUACCAGAGGCUGGUGGCAGGGGAGCUCUCCGACUGCCCAGGAAAGCCUCCAAACAGCAUUGUGCCGGCUUUGAAGAGGUUUGCUCUGGGUUUUCUCUGCUUGGCGAUAUAUGCAAUAUUUAGUCCCUACUACCCAGACAGUUACUUCUUAACAGAUGAGUAUGAGGCUCAGCCCUUCUGGUAUCGUUGUGUGUUUUUACUGAUUUGGGCUAAAGUCAUUUUGUAUAAAUAUGUCAGCUGUUGGGUUAUAGCGGAGGGUGUAUGUAUAUUAUCUGGACUAGGCUACAAUGGUGAAGUGGAUGGGAAGCACCAGUGGGACGCCUGUGCCAAUAUGAAGGUGUGGCUCUUUGAAACCACGCCGCUUUUUGGAGGAACCAUUUCUUCCUUCAACAUCAACACAAAUGCCUGGGCUUCCAGACAUGUCUUCAAGCGGUUGAAAUUCCUGGGCAAUAAAACCCUCUCUCAUGUGACCACACUCUUCUUUCUGACGAUUUGGCAUGGUCUUCACUCCGGAUACGUCUUGUGCUUCUCCAUGGAGUUCUUCAUCAUCACUGUAGAGAGACAGGCCCUGGCACUAGUGAAGGACAGUCCCUUGCUGACAAAGCUGGCCAACAGCGCAUUCUACCCUCUCAUCUAUAUAGUCCAACAGUUUCUCCACUGGCUCUUCAUGGGCUACCCUCUAGUGCCAUUCUGCCUCUUCACCUAUGACAAAUGGCUCAAGGUGUAUUCGUCCAUCUAUUUUUGCGGUCACGUAUUCUUCCUCGUAGCCUUUUUAAGCAUGCCAUACCUCCGUAAGGUGCUGGUGCCUAGGAAAGAGCGGAGUCCGAUAAAGCAGGACUAAAACUUGGUAAUAAGAUCUGGCAUGGUCCAUCUAAGGCUAAAUAUCCACUGAAGGGAACUGUGACUUUCAUGGAGCAGAAUGGAAUAAUAUAUAUAUAUAUAUAUAUAUAUAUCCCCAUGUAAAAAUAAAAUUCUAUAUAUUUUUGUGUUUUAAAUGGGAGGGUGUUUUUAUAAACAUUUGGAGAAAUGUUUACAGGAAAUGACCAUCGUGCCACAUGGGGUAAUUGUGAGCCAAUCAGGGGUGAUUUCCUGUUUGUUUGUUUUUUCUUUUGUUAAGAAAUGUGGGACUUGUAGAACUUGAGAGACUUACAUGCUGUCGAUACAGAAUUGCACUCACCAGUCACAGUUUCUGAAUUUGUCAAAUUCAGUGGCUCGUGUGUGUGUGUGUGUGUGUGUGUGUGUGUGUGUGUUUUGCUUUUUUUUGACGGGGGGGGGGUUGGUCAUUUCUCCCGCACAUCGAGCACCCACAUUUAGCGGCAGCGGCAAGAGGUUUAAGCACAGCCCCAUUGUACGUGACACUUUCUAAUGUAAUAAUACAAAAAGCAUACAGCUUUCUGCGACGGAUAAUAAUAAUCAGGGGGGUUGUUUUUUGAAAAUGGCUGCCAAUGGUUAUACAAGCACUGUAAAUCACACUGAACACUUACCCACAACUCAAAAUGGCCUUCUAUAAAUGAAUGUUUUUACAGUACAUUUGUUUUGGUUUUAAAUUUGAUUUGUGAUUUUAAAAAAAGACUUGAUUUUAUAGAGUUUGAACGGCUUUUAUGAAAAAGAGAAUUUUGUAGCUUUGGAUAAGAUUUCAUGAAAAGAAUUUGCAUUGUUCUCCUGCCUUUCCUGGUGUGGUGUUUCUGUUUUUUUGUGUGUAUCCUCUUCUCCCUCUGUUCAGUCCACACCACUCCUCAGUCUGCCUUGAUUCAAGCCCGGCCCUCAGCUCUGAAAUACACAGAGGUGAAAGUGAAUUAUUUCACAAGGAGACUUGCACACUGCCCCAACCACACACGCACUACAGUUAGUCAUUUUUGGUUCAUCCUAUAGUCACUCUGAUCUCCACAAAUAGGGGUAUAGGCUGUUUGUGAACUGAGGAAUUGUCUCAUUUUGAACUGGAAGAAAACAAACAAAAGACAAUUGAGGGGGAAAAUCCAUUUUUGUGUUUCACUUAUGGCCUGUUCUUCUGUUUCUAACAGCAGGUGGUGAUUAAACAAGAGUGUGAAGUAAAAGCAUCCCACUGUAGGUGAUGCCUCUUUUCAUUUUG